GCGCCUUAAACGUCCCGCCUUGGGAGCUGCGCCUCACCGCUGAUGGCAGCUUUCUUGACCCAGUUGGGGAUGCAGAGUCUACUCUGGAAGCUCUUGGCCUCAAGGAGGAUUCUGAAGUGAUGGUCCUUCGCAGCAGUCCCCGCGUGCUAACGAAUCCUGGUGUGAGUGCUUACAGUGCAGAGUACUGCUGCACGGUGCUUCAGGUGCGCCAGGCUGGUUGGAAGACCAUCGAGAUCGACUUCAGCGUCCGUGGCGACGGAUCCCUGGGGCGGCUUCAGCGACCAUCAUUCUCGAAGCUUUCCUGGAAAGGCAGCAAACGCAUCCUUACUCGCAAAGGGACAGUGAAGCUGACAGUGGACAAUGCGGAAGAUGGCGGUCCUUCCCACAAGCAGGGUACCCUUACUUUCGAAGACGUGCCAACUUGCGGCCAGGUGGCAUUUGAGUACGGAGAGAGUGGCUACGACAAGCUGAUUCUGGACCUUUUUGGCGAGGGGUAG